AUGUCAUCCUCUUUCGGAAAAAAAGUAAAAGAAACUGCGAAAAACGCCAGAAAUAAAUUUUCGGGAACUAAGAAAAAAGAAAUCGAAAGGGAACUCAAACACGGGCCGUAUGGUAGUGGGCCAGUUCCUCAAGAAGAUGUCAUUUACCUGUCUGCAGACGUUGCCCCGUACUUCUUCAAUGGAUCCACAUCAACAUCGAUGGAAAGAAAAAUCUCAGACAAGGACGCAUUUUAUCUUCUUGAUGACGAUAUAAAUCAGCCUACUGUUACAUCCAACCAAUUACUUGAAGCUCUUAACCGAAGCUUCACCCAGCAGAUGGACGGGAAAGAUUGGAACGCGUGUCGUGAUGCUGCAUUGAACAAAAUACUUUACAAAGAAGAUUGUAGAGACGAGUACUCGUUUAUAGACAUAUGGAUUACAGACCGCAAAACCGUAGGUGCGGGUGCAAUUUGA